GUGAAACCAAAAAGUUCCAGAAGAAAGAACCUUUAGGGCUACAUAAAACUACAGACAUGGCUUCGUUCUCGCGUACUUUCAGGCGAAGUCUGUUUCGCCAUGGAGUUGCGCUUGUUGCAUGCACAACAGUGAUUUCGUGCGGGYAUUUUACGGCUAAAGGGGACGAACGGUUUUAUGAAAGCGUGAUUAUGCCUGCUGUCAAGCUACUGAACGCCGAGUYUGCACACAGCAUGGCAGUUAAGCUUGCAUCGUAUGGGUUUGUACCGAAAGAUACCGAACAGGAUCCGGAAAUCUUGAAUACAAGCGUAUUUGGUCUUUCAUUCCAAAACCCUGUUGGACUGGCUGCAGGAUUUGACAAGAAUGCCGAGGCUGUUGAUGGACUGUUGAAGAUGGGGUUUGGUUUUGUUGAGGUUGGAAGUAUCACACCAAAACCACAGGAUGGUAACCCUAAACCAAGAGUAUUUCGGCUUAUAGAAGAUAAAGCUGUAAUCAACAGAUAUGGAUUUAACAGCCAAGGCCAUGACAACGUCAGGCAGCAUCUCCUUGACCAACAAAACGAGAAUCGACAAGGAAUACUUGGUGUUAAUUUAGGCAAAAAUAAGACAUCAGAGGAUGCUGUUGGUGAUUAUAUCAAGGGAGUAAAGUGUUUUGGUAGCUUAAGCGACUAUCUCGUCAUUAACAUAUCAUCACCAAAUACUCCUGGGCUUAGAGCAAUGCAAGGCAAAGAACAGCUUACCAGACUAAUAGAUGAAGUUCUUGAAGCUCGUAAUAGUUUACCUUUACCUCGACUACCUCCUGUAUUAGUCAAGAUUGCUCCAGACCUAACACAGAAAGACAAAGAAGAUAUAGCGGCAGUCAUCACAAGGCCUGAUGCUUUUGUUGAUGGUAUAAUAGUAUCGAAUACCACAUUAUCAAGGCCACCAAGUUUGGUGAGUAGCAACAGUAAGGAAACUGGAGGGCUUAGUGGUGAGCCCCUUACACAAAUGUCGACAGAAUUAAUAAAAGACAUGUAUAAAUUAACUAAUGGAAUGCUGCCGAUAAUAGGUGUUGGAGGAAUUUCAACUGGGCAAGAUGCUUAUGAUAAAAUCAGGGCAGGUGCUUCAUUAGUUCAAUUCUACACAGCAUUAGUAUAUCAUGGUCCUCCAGUUGUUAAACGAAUCAAACACGAAUUAGCUGAGCUUCUUAGGAGAGAUGGAUUUAAUACAGUCAGUGAAGCUGUUGGAGCAGAUCAGCAAAAAUCAUCCUAACUUAAUUUCAUUAAAUUUUGUAGUAAAACUAAAUAAAGUUUAUGAAAUAUGUUGCUGCA